AUGCCCAAAUCAUCAGCGCGCUCGCGCCCUUCUGCGCCAGCAGCCUCCUACAAGCCCUCAAAAGACCUCAAAUCCAGAUCAUCUCGCUCCAGAGAAUGGUCCGCCACACGCAGAGCAGCCGAAGAGUCGCUCUCGACACAGAUCCACUACACCAUGACCGGCGUCGUGGCGCUGCUCGUCAUGCACACCCUCUCAUCCCCAUCGUCGCUCUCGCUCGCCCACCUCUCUUCGCAUCUCCAUCUGCCACACUCGCUCAACUCCAUCAUCCCAUCGUGGCUCAGGCUGCCUUCGCUCGCCCAGUUUGCCACAGAUCUGCCCAACGCUUCCGAAAAGGGCGGUCACCACCUCUGGUCCGACCUCGCCUCCAACAUCGUCGGUGGCGAGGCGAGUCUCGGUCCCUUCCGCAGCGAUGCGCGCGGCUUUGGACACCCUCUCACCGCGCUUCACAACUUUACGCGUGCCUGCCUCGGCCUCUCGUAUCCCGUGCCCGACGCGGCCUCUUCGCCCAUCGCCGCACUCAAGCAUCAGGCACACCGCAUCAGCGGCAACGCCUCUGCACGCUCGGCCCCGUGGGCGCUGCUCUACGGCGUUCCCGGCUACCUGUACGAACGUGGCUCCAACGACGCCCUCUUUGUCGCCACGCUCGUGCUCCUCUUCACGCUCGCACGCGCGCUUCUCAUGAAGUACCUCCUUCUGCCGCUCGGUGAAGUGGCGGUGCCGCAUCCGAAGAAGCUGCGCAAGUCGGCAAGCCAGUCGGCCGAGGCAGUUGCGGAGCAUGCAAAGUCACUGCGCAUUCGCGAGAAGGAGGUGCUCCGCUUUGCCGAGCAGGGCUUCAGCCUGGUCUACUACACCUGCUCGUGGAGUCUGGGUCUGUACAUUGCCUCGCGCGAGUCGUACUGGCCGCUCAACACCAUCGAGUACUGGACCAACUAUCCGCAAUUUCGUCUCGAGCCACUCUUCAAGCUCUACUACCUUGGCUCGUGCGCGUUCUACAUCCAGCAGCUCUUUGUGCUGCACGUCGAGGCGCGCCGAUCCGACCACUGGCAGAUGUUUUCGCACCACGUCAUCACGAUUGCGCUGAUUGCGGGCUCGUACGUGUGCAGCUACCACCGCGUCGGUAACGCCAUCCUCUGCCUCAUGGAUCCCAGCGACAUUGCACUCAACAUUGCCAAGAUGCUCAAGUACGCCGGGUGGCAGACCACGUGCGAUAUCGCGUUUGGACUGUUCAUGGUCUCGUGGCUCGUCACGAGGCAUGUGCUCUACAUGCGCGUCGUGUGGUCGUGCAUCCACGACACGCUCAAAGUCAUGUCGUUCCGACCCACCAACUAUCUCACCGGCGACUUUUUCACACGCACCGCGUACUUUACGCUCAUCGGCUUGCUGUGUGCUCUGCAGGUCAUCCUCCUCAUGUGGUUCUACAUGAUCUGCAGAGUCGCCUACCGCGUCGUCACCAAGGCAGGAGCAGUCGACUCGAGGUCCGAUGCGGAAAGCAGCUACGAGGACGAGGAGGAGGACGACCAUGCUUCUGCGACACGCGAAAAGGCAAAGGUGGCCACGUCCGCAUCCUCAACACGGAAGAGGUCCAAACGCAAAUAG